AUGGAGUCCAUCAAGCAGGGUGUCAACUACGUCAGCGAGAGCGUGCAGCAGGCCGUGCACGGCACCUCCAAGGAAGCCAACAAGGACGUCGCCAAGGAUUCCGAUGCUCCCAUUGGCACUCGCGCCUCUGCCGCCAAGGAUGCCCUCAGCGACAAGGCCCACGAGUCCAAGCAUGACGCCAAGGCCGAGGCUCACAAGCAGCAGAUCUAA